AUGGGUCACUCGGUGAACUCCGCUGCACCAGAUGCCACAAAUGACCAUCCUCCUGACUUCAAGACUGAAUUUCAUCCCCAUAGUAAGCACCCGACCCUUUUCCAAUUUGCUGAAGAGUUUGGCCAGCAAAACCUUGAAUGCAUGCCCCCAGACCGUGAGCCCUGGCACCCUUUUGCCUCAGAGGGUGAUUACAUCUUUGCCUCGAUUGCUGUGGAAGCUGGGCUCAGCUCAAAUCAAGUUGACUCCCUUCUCAAGUUGGUUCACUGUAUAAGUCAAGGAACCGCAAGUGUCAUGCUACACAAUGAUGCUGGGCUACAUACUGCUUUGGAUAGAGCAGCAGUGCAGUUAACACCGUUCUCCAAGUUCGAAAUUACCAUGCCCUAUAAGGGCAAUGACGUGACAUUCCCUGUCCAUAUCUGCCCUCUGUGGGACUGGGCCCUCGACCUCUUGCAAAAUUCCUCCCUUGCACCACACUUCAUCUGGGAUGCCCAACAGCUCUUCAAACAUGAUGGUGAGAGAUAUGAGCGCUUCUACACGGAACCUUGGACAGGCGAUCAUUGGUGGGAUAUUCAAUCACGGUUACCCAGUCAUGUGGAUAAUGCAGUCCCAUUUGCAUUUAUAAUUUACGCUGACAAGACAUGGCUAUCGUCCCAUGGUACUGUCAAGGGCUACCCUGUCAUAGUGUGUUGUGCGAACCUGCCAGUUCAUGUUCACAAUGGUGAGCAAUAUGGCAGUGGCUGCGUCAUUGGCUGGCUUCCAAUUGUUCCUGAGCUUGCAAAAGAAGAGGGAAAGACUGGCUACACAAACUUCAAACGUGUCAUCUGGCAUACAGCAUUUUUUCAGCUCCUCAAGAAGGUUGUGGAGCUCUCAAAGGUCGGUUAUCUUCAUGAAUGCUACAACAAGGUUCUCCACUGGCUCUUCCCACUUGUCCUUAUCCUGUCUGCUGACUAUGAAGAACUCUGUGUGAUGACCCUUAUACGAGGCACGAAGUCCAAGUGCCCUUGCCCGUUUUGUCUGGUCCCCUUGGAGCAACUUUGGGAUCUGAAGAAGACAUAUGAAAUGCAUACUACUGAGCAACACAAAAGAGUGCUGGCAUUAUUCGAGGAGAAGAAGACAGUUGGUGAGAAGAAACUGAAGUCCCUUGGGUUACGUCCUGUCAAGAACACUUUUUGGUCAGUAGAACAUUCAGAGCCUGAACAGGCUGCCAGUUUUGAGCCGCUUCACUCCCUGCAUGGUGGCAUGGGAGGCAAGCACAUCCAUGGGGAACUCAGGAUUGUCGUCAGUGAGCUUGGCCGUGAUUCUGAGACACGUUUAGAAGCACAAGUUUCUGCCUUUCCCCAUUGGCAAGGCCUCACACAUUUCGAUACAGUGAUUCACAUCACAUUUUCUGAUGGAAAUAAAAUGCAAGAUCUCACCAGGCAAUGUUUCUACGCCUCCCUCAACAUUUUGACACCGAUGAUGUCUCAAGUUGGGUAUCAGUUACUUCAUAUGAUCAAUCUGAAGGAUAAUUGGAACUUUCUGAAGGUGCAUCUCUGGAAGCACGUUACCUGUGACAUUCGAAGCAAAGGUGUUGUUCGUAACUACAGUGCCCAGCCCAAUGAGAAAAUGCAUGGCCCGCUCAAAGAUGCAUACCAGGAUCGCUCAAAUGGAAAGGAUACUGUGGGGCAGAUUCUCCGUGUUGACCACCACCGACUUGCAACCAAACUCAUUCAGGCAUGCAUUGAUGCAGAAAACGAGUGUGUUAACAAUGCUACUGACGACAACGAGGACCACAACACAGUACUCGAAGGGAAUGCCAAGCUCGGCGCACCCCAGCAGACUCACUCACUCUCUGAUGUUGAGAACACUAACCAAAAUGACUGGGCAUUUGAUGGAUUCCAUCGGAAGCUAGAAACUUUCCUCAACACUUGCCUCCCGACUUAUGGGUUCCCCCUCGAAAAGUGGAUACAAUUACAAGGAACACAUACAGUACGUCCUCUUCCCUUUAUAUACAGACUUAUCCACAUUCCUCCAAAGAUCCAGGAGUAUCGAUAUUUGAAGGUCCAGUAUGCUUCAAUGGUGGACUGGGAGGUCGCUCUUUCGGAGACCAAGACUACUUUCAUUCGACUCAUAUUCAUGUUCACUUGUAAGGUUGCAGUGUUCGAAGACACUUUUCAGUUUGCCCUUGUUCAGCCGCUCACUGCCAGGACUGGAGUGUGCAGGUUGGACCAAGAUCUUCGACUUGUUUGA